AUGGAAUGCUUGAAAAGUCAGUUCCCCACCGCCGUCACCGAUCCCCAGGACCACGGCUUCAAUAUCCGAGCUAGUAAAAGGCUCCGGUGCCCUGCAUCCGGUGGAGGUGACCGACCCCGACUUGCCGAUGCAGGCAACGCCCCUCCUCCACCCCGUUGCCGUGCUUGGCGCUGCGUCAAAAGUCCACCGUUGUCCACGUUGAUAUCUUUGCGCUACAGUACCGUAGUACGAGAAUCGGCACCGCUCCGGACGCCGAUGCGAAGCUCGCUUAUGAUGUGGAGUGAUGAUGCCCCAGCUCCAGGCAUCACUGCAGUGAGGCGGUCAUGA